AUGUCUGCUUUAGCUUUCACUCGUCAAAUUCACACACCCAUUAGAAUAAAACCCAAAAUCAAGCACAAACAGAAACAAAAACCCAAAAGUUUCUCCACUCCCCCAAUAACACGAGCAAGUUUCUCUGACCCUUUUGUUAUUCAAUUGGCUGAGAUUCUUGAAGACUCCGUCUCUCCUUCUUCCUCUCUUCAGAAACUCAGAGAUUCUUCCUCUGAAUCUCUUCUCUCUACUUCUUGGCCUUCUCGUAAAGAUGAGCCCUUUAGGUUCACAGAUACUUCAUUUAUUAGGCAUUCACAAAUCAUUCCAAUCACAAAACCACCACAAUUAGAUUACUUACCAAGCCAUAAUGGGGAUGCCCUUUUGCCUUAUCUUGUUAUUGCUGAUGGCUUUGUGUUAAAUUCUAUGUCAAAGUUGUCAACUUUGCCUGAUGGGGUUUAUGUAGGUAGUUUGUUGAGUGAUUCUAGUGAUAGAAUUGCCAAAAGGGUAUUGGAGUUUGUUGCUGAUUUUGAAUGGGGUGAUUUGUUUUGGUCAAUUAAUGGAUUAGGGGCUCCUGAUAUGACAGUGGUUUAUGUUCCUGCUGGGGUUAAAGUGGAGAAUCCAAUCCAUUUUAAGUAUGUUUCAGUUGAGGGAGGAGAGGAGGGGUCUAAAAAGUUGCCGGUUUCGAAUCCGAGGGUGUUUGUAGUGGUGGAGGAGGGAGGAGAGGUUGGGAUAAUUGAGGAGUUUGUGAGUAAAGAAGGGAAUGAUGAUAAGUGUCAUUGGGCGAAUCCUGUUUUAGAAGUGGUGAUUGGGAAAGGAGCAAAGGUUAGGCAUUCUUACGUGCAGAGCCAGUCCUUGAAUUCUGCUCACAUCAAGUGGACUGCAGUGCGACAGGAAGCAGCUAGUACCUAUGAGCUUGUAGAGGUAAGCACUGGGGGAAAAUUGAGUAGGCACAAUCUCCAUGUUCAGCAAUUGGGUCCAGAUACAGCAACUGAGUUAUCGACCUUUCACUUGUCUGUUGGUGAUCAAACACAAGAUUUACAUAGUAGGCUAAUCUUGGACCAUCCAAGAGGUUAUUCUCAGCAACUUCACAAGUGUAUUGUUGCGCAUUCACAAGGACAAGCUGUCUUUGAUGGGAAUGUGAAGGUCAACAGAUAUGCACAGCAGACGAAUGCAGGACAAUUAACAAGGAGCCUCCUCCUUGAACCACGUGCAACUGUGAAUGUCAAACCCAAUCUCCAAAUUAUUGCAGAUGAUGUCAAGUGCUCCCAUGGAGCUGCAAUAAGUGAUCUGGAAGAAACCCAACUCUUCUAUUUUCAGGCACGCGGCAUUGACUUAGAGACAGCUCGAAAGGCUCUUGUAUUUUCAUUUGGAGCUGAGGUAAUUGAGAGGUUGCCUUAUUCUUUUAUGCGGAGGCAAGUCGAGAGUCAUGUCAAAGAAAAAUUGCUGACUUCCACUUUCAAGGGAUCCUCACGUUGA